CAGCAGCCGAGUAACAAGCUGUUUUUUUCUUCUUACAACAGUUUCGUUUAUUGACUCUUUUGUGUUAAGCAAUUGGCUGCAAAAAGUAAAUAGAUUAACACAAUUAUGUCCCAGGACGAGAAGGAUCUGGAUGUAAAUAGAGCCUUUGAGGAUUUAUUGUUCGCGGAAGAAAUCGCAGCAGAAGACGGCUACGAGAAGGGUUAUAAGAGCGGCAGGGAAGGGCUGUUAAAGGGAUACCACCUCGGUUACCACAGAGCCAGCGUGAUCGCCGCGCAAUUAGGAUAUUACAGCGGAGUAUUGGAGCACUAUUUACAGAGUAAUGACGCUAAAUGCGAGAAAGCGGUGACCAUAGCCAAGAAGCUGCUGACGGAUAUUCGUAGCACCCUUCCGGACCACCAGGAUGACAAUCUGGACAUUCUGCAAGCUAUGGAGGAUAUCAAGUUCAAAUAUGCCAAAUUCUGUUCGCUAGCGAAAAUCAGUCCGCUGUAUCCGGAGACAGAUAGACUUGAAUUUUAAGCGCGCGACGAUGGCG